GAAGCUAUAUGUCACUUGAUCUAUACACUACGAGCAAUGAAAACCUUUACGAUGAAGAUAGGCCUCUACGCCAUGGCGCUUUUGCUCGGAGUGAGUAAUGCAGCACCCUUCGAGCCAAGGCAGGAAAGGACUAGUGAUUCAACGAGGCCCUCAAGUAACUAUUUUGGGCUCGCAGGUCAGAAUAACACCUUCGACUACGUAAUAGUUGGUGGAGGCACGUCUGGCCUUGUAGCUGCUAUGCGUCUCUCUGCCAACGGCAAAUAUUUCGUCGCCGUUGUAGAGGCCGGUAGUUUCUACCAGACGGCCGGAAACGUAACCGAGAUUCCCGCCUACGAGUCAGAGUUCUUGGAAGUACCUCCCACAGUUGAAUGGGGGAUAAACACGAAGCCCCAAGCGGUGGUCGUUCAGUUAGAUACUCUCAGGGUAAAACCUUCGGGGGUUCCUCUGCGCGUAAUGGAAUGGCCUAUCAACGGUAUGAAACUAUCUGGCCCUGAGGGCAAAAGUCGUGAUGGUAGUAUUCUAACCAAUGGUACUCACAUUAGAGGCACAGUUAGUUCCUACGACCGUUGGGCGGACCUCGUGGGAGAUACCAGCUACUCCCUAUCGAACCUUCUGCCGUACUUCAAGAAAGGCGUCCACUUUACACCACCAGAUAUUAGUCUCCGAGGUGGCCCCUCAGUAGCCUUUGAUGCCUCAGCAUUCGACGCUUCUUCAAGCGGUCCUCUGCAUGUCUCGUUCUGGAACUACUACGCCCCCGUGUCCUCCUACAUUGCCCGCGGACUGGAACUCCUAGGGUUCUCAGAGACGAGCCAGAUCCAGAGUGGAAGUCUACUGGGAUAUGCCCAGUUCCCGGCGACGUUGCAUCCCGAUAAGCAGAUUCGUGACUCGUCCCAGACGUCUUACCUCGAUGCUGCGAUAGCUGCCAACACGUUUUCCAACUUGCAGCUCUAUCCGGACACGUUAGUGAAACAUAUCCUUUUUGUAGGGAAUAAGAUGGCUACCGGCGUGCACGUCAGUACUGCUGGAGCGGAGUACGUACUCUCGGCACGCAAGGAGAUCAUCGUGGCUUCAGGUCCGCUCCGCUCUCCGCAACUUCUCCUGGCGUCUGGCAUCGGACCAGCUGAGACUUUACAGAAAUUCAAUAUCCCUAUAGUGAGCGCGCUGUCAGGGGUUGGUCAGAAUCUGAUCGAUCACCCCGGAUACGGUACUUUGUUCUCCGUCAACGCCGAGUCUCAGCACCGAUUAUUCAAUAACGUUACGUUCGCCAAUGAAGCAUAUAAGGAGUUUUACUCUAGCCGAUCUGGCGCUUUGACCGCAUUCGCUAGUAAUUACCUCUUGUGGGAAAAACUCCCUAACAACACACAACUAAGCAACGAGACUCGUGAAGUGCUAGACUCUUUCCCUGCCGACUGGCCCGAUAUCCAAUACAUCUUCAACACCGCCGGACCUGCUGAUACUACCCCAGGCGACCUCCUAAGCUUGGGCGUGGUAAUACUUAAGCCCUCGUCUGUCGGCUCGGUAACCCUCAACAGCUCUUCGGAUACAGCCGAAAAUCCACUGGUAGAUGUAGCUUGGUUUACUACUAAAGCGGACCGGGAACUGGGCAUAGCAGCCGUGCGGCGGCUCCGCCUAUUUGCAAACGCUACGGGUGUACUUCAAAGCGAAUUGUCACCCGGAACCGCCGUGCAAACAGACGAGCAGAUCCUAGAGUUUAUCAAGGGUGCUGCCAGUCCUAGUCACCAUGCUGCUGGUACAUGCAAGAUGGGCAAGUCAAGCGAUAAGUCCGCGGUGGUAGAUACGCACGGUUGUGUGAUGGGCGGCGUGUCUGGCCUUCGCAUAAUUGAUGCCAGUAUUAUGCCGGUACUUUUACCCGGACAACCUAUGUCGACAGUUUAUGCGAUUGCGGAAAAGCUCUCUAAUGACAUUUUAUCAGGGCAUCAAUGCUUCAGUUCGGAGUAA